AUGUCCCUCUCCAAGCAUGCGAAGACGUACUUGGCGAACCAGUCGAAGUACAGACACUUCAACGCGUUUAAUUCCCUCGUCGAAGCGUCCGUCCUCCAAAGCAGCGAUGCCACCAAAUCCCGUACCGUCGGCCGCCAACCCAACAGCGUCACCGAUAAGCCAAUCGCAAUAAAAGACAACAUCUGCACGAAGAACUUAAAGACUACUGCUUCCUCCAGGAUUCUCAAAGACUUUAGCAGCCCAUAUGACGCCACGGUGGUGAGGCUACUGCAAGAUGAAGGUGCUGUGGUGGUAGGCAAGACGAACAUGGACGAAUUCGGCAUGGGAUCGCACUCGACACACUCACACUCUGGAUCAGUGAAGAUGCAGAGAUACAAAGGAGAGGAUGCAAGUGCGGGUGGAAGCUCAGUCAUUGGGUUCAAGCCGAGCUACGGACUGCUGUCGAGAUGGGGUGUAAUUGCUUAUGCAAACUCUCUGGAUACUGUCGGGAUCUUUGGCAAGAACGUGGCGAGUGUGAAGAGCAUAUUCUCCAAGGUCAACAUCCACGAUGCGCAGGAUCCGACGUCCGUUCCCAACACAACCCGAGCAAAAUUCCGUACAGGAAAACGACCAGCUUCGUUGAAGAUAGGCAUUCCUCUUGAUUACAACAUCGACACAUUGCAGCCCGCUGUUCGAAAGGCGUGGCUUGACCAGCUCAGACAUCUGUGGAAUGCUGGUCAUACUUUGCACCCUAUCCGGUUACCCACAACGCAACAAGCACUAUCAGCCUACUACGUCCUUGCGCCAGCCGAGGCAUCGAGCAACCUCGCAAAGUACGACGGCGUGCGUUUCGGAAGUAGAGCUGAGGGCAUCGACGGUACACCAGAUAGUGUGCUCUUUGCUAAAACCCGGGGUCAAGGUUUCGGUCCGGAGGUUCAGCGGCGUAUACUCCUUGGAGCCUUUUCACUAAGUGCCCAGGCUAUCGACAACUACUUCAUACAAGCACAAAAGAUUCGGAGGCUCGUACAACAAGACUUCAACAGGGUGUUUGCCAGUCCAAACCCGUUGCUCGAUGCCGAAGAAACCGUGGCAGAAACAGAAGGAGUGGACGUGAUCAUAUGCCCCACAGCUCCAUCAACGGCACCGUCUUUGGCUGAAGUCGAGAAUCAGGAUCCGGUGCACUCAUACAUGAACGAUGUCUUUACCGUACCAGCUAGUCUUGCCGGGCUGCCAGCAAUCACUCUUCCCACAUUUACUCCUUACGAGGAAAAGAGCCAGAGUUCGACGGUUCCGGUUUCAUUCUUCAACACUGUAGGACUGCAGAUCAUUGGUCAAUACGGAGACGAUGACCUCGUUCUGUAUACUGCAGAACAGUUGGAGAUGUUCAGAAGUACUCCGCAGCCCAAUUGCAGACCGGAAAUAACCGCAUGGGAUCGUGUGUAUGACGAAGGCCGGAUAUAG